UACACAAUUUAGAAAAUUCCAGACCAAAGAAUUGGUGGAGGAAAGUCAAACGAAUUAGUGGGCAUUCACAGGUAAACAAUCACAGUGACCUAAUCUCGCUUCUUGCUAGCGCAAUUGAUAACUUUGACCACAUGUCUCCUGAAGAUGACGCAAAUUCAAUUAACAAUUCAUUUUUGGAUCCACAACAAGCUUAUACUCCACUUGACGUUUCCGCAAAGAUUCAAGCUCAAACUAACAAUGCAUCUGAAAUAUUUAACCUAAAUACUUCAUAUUUGCAA